CUAAUCUGCAUUAAACAACCUGUCAUUAUCGAAGCUGAUUCACGCUGGUCGCCAAAAGUCCUCUUCUGUUUAUAGGGUGAGCAGAGGCUCCCAAUAGACCGUGGCCAUACUCUGACUCUCUUAAUCCUACCAGACCGACCAAUUGUCAACCUGCCGGUCAUGUUGUCAAGCCUCCAGAACCCGCGGCAAGCAGCUGCACAGCUGCUCAACUUCGCGCUCAUGAUGUCUACAGCUUUCAUGAUGUGGAAGGGUCUCUCUAUCGCCGCCGACUCACCAUCCCCGAUCGUCGUCGUCCUCUCCGGAUCUAUGGAGCCCGCCUUCCAACGUGGUGAUCUAUUAUUCUUAUGGAACCGCAACCUGCUAGCCGAAACAGACGUCGGCGAAGUUGUAGUGUACAAUGUCAAGGGAAAGGACAUACCCAUCGUCCACCGCGUCGUGCGCAAGUUUGGAACGGGGGCGCACGCCAAGUUGCUGACUAAGGGUGACAACAAUGCUGCAGACGACACAGAGCUAUACGCACGCGGCCAGGACUACCUCGAUAGGAGUGAUAUCAUUGGGAGUGUUGUCGGCUACAUACCUUUUGUCGGCUAUGUUACAAUUAUGUUUGGCGAGCACCCGUGGCUCAAGACGGUCAUGUUUGGAAUAAUGGGUUUGUUAGUGGUGCUGCAGCGAGAAUAAAGAACCGAUUUGAAUCUCCUUCUUUACAUGUGUCCCAC